GCACACACGCUGAGAAUCAUAGGUGUCCUCCUCAAGUGCCUGCCCUGAACAUAAAUAAGCUGAAAACAGCUGAGCUGAGAGAGGAAUGUCUGUUAUUAUUUAAGUGUUUUAUUUUACUUACUGGGGCUUUCUCUUCUUUUGGGCUCUUGUAAAACUCGGUGUUUUAAUGAGUUAAAAGACUGGUUGUACUUUGCUUCGUCAGCGAGCGUCCCAUGCUGCGUGCAUCUUUGUCAGACAUAGUUUUAAUUGUAUUAAAUGUUACCCGAAAUGGAUCGUAGAGUUCUCUCCAUUCAAAGCCAUGUUGUUAGGGGAUAUGUUGGAAACAAAGCGGCAUCUUUUCCACUACAGGUGCUCGGAUUUGAGACUGACUCCAUAAACUCGGUGCAGUUCUCAAAUCACACAGGAUAUGAACAUUGGAAAGGUCAAGUGUUGACUGCAGAAGAAUUGCAGGUGCUGUACGAUGGGAUCAAGCUCAACAAUGUCAACCAUUACGACUAUGUACUAACAGGUUACAGUAGAGAUGAUUCCUUUCUGCAUAUGGUGGUGGACAUUGUACAGGAGCUGAAGGAAGCAAACCCCAGUCUAGUGUAUGUGUGUGAUCCAGUAUUGGGAGAUAAUGGGGCUUUGUAUGUUCCUGAGACCUUGCUACCAAUCUACAGGGAUAAAGUAGUGCCAGCUGCUAAUAUCAUUACACCCAAUCAGUUUGAAGCAGAGCUACUUACGGGCAGAACCAUCAGUACAGAAAAAGAUGCAAUUGAAGUCAUGAACUUACUGCAUUCCAAGGGUCCACAUACGGUAGUCAUCACAAGUUCGGACUUGCCUUCUCCUCUUGGUGAACAUUACCUAGUUGCCAUGGGUAGCCAGAUAACGGUAAGACCAGACGGUACCAGGGCAACUCAGCAGAUCCGUUUGGACAUACCGAAGGUGGAAGCUGUGUUUGUUGGAACAGGAGACCUGUUUGCUGCAUUGCUGCUAGCAUGGACCCACCACCAUCCAAAUGAUCUGAAGACGGCUUGUGAAAAGACUGUUUCAGUCAUGCAGCAUGUCAUUAAGAGGACUAUAACCUAUGCUAAAGAGAUGGCGGGUCCAAAUCGAAAGCCCAGUCCUGCUCAACUCGAGUUGCGAAUGGUACAAAGCAAAGCAGAUAUCGAAGAUCCUGCCAUAACUGUGGAGGCUGUUGUACUGUAGUCUUUAUAACUGUACUAGACAAUAUGAAGUCGUAUAGUUAACCUCAAAUUGAUCGCAGACACCACUUUAAUCCUAUAGUGCACUGAAACAAUCUUAAAGUGAGCUUGAAAUUGAAACUGUGAAUAACACGCUAUUCUGAUCUCAGUACAGCUGUUUCUAUAUACUAACAAUACGUUGCACCUGUACGGUACUCAACCAGAUGACCAUUAUUUUUAGUAUUUUAUUAUGAUUUGAUUUCACAAUUUCACACAUGUCCAUGUUUAGCAUUUAUUAUUGUUUUUAAAAUUAACAUAAUAUUAUGUCUUGUAACAUAUCAGUAUUAAGUUUUGAUCUGAGCAGUCUAAAGCCCUGUUUAAACUAGUGUUACUGUAGUUUUACAUUGACACGUAUUGUAAUGUUUACUAAAGCCAUACUGUAACUUGA